AUGAAAAAGACUCUGCUUGACUUUACACAAGCGAUGCAGAUAAAAGAUCAACAAACAGUAGAUCACAUAUACUUGACGUUAGCUAAAGAGAUCCAGACAAAGCAAAACUCGAAAACUGAUGUUGAGUGGUGGGCGAAAGUGUAUGGUGCCAUGGAAGAAGAAGAAGUAUUAGAAAAUGAUGAAAUCGAUAGUAGUGGAUAUGAGCAGGACGACGAUACUGUAUAA